AAGGCGCGGUUGAUGUGGUACGUGCUGGCGGCGGUAGUGGCGUGUGCCACAGCACAACAGAACUUCACCCUUGAAGAGUUUGUGACGGGGCAGUUCACUCAAAGAGGAUUUACCGGCCGAUGGAUUUCAGAUACUCGGUUCACAUACACCUUGCCGGAACAACCCACAAUCUUUCAGUAUGAUUGCACUACAGAUACGAGCUCAGAACUCGUUUCAGGAAGUCUUAUGGAACAACUGGAAACCGACAAUCCUAUCCUGUCACCUGACGAGAAUUAUAUUUUAGCUUCGCAGGAUGUUCAGAGGGUGUACCGGCAUUCUACAACUGCUAGAUAUGCGCUUUUUGACACUCAGCUCGGACGAACGAUUCAGGUGGGCAAUAAUCAGCGCCUGCAGCUUUGUAUCUUCGGUGGCAAUCAGCACGCCCUGGCCUACGUGUACGCCAACAAUCUGUACUAUCUACCCAACAGCAACGCACAGCCCAUUGCUAUCACCAACGACGGAAUAGAGGGCGUUGUCUACAAUGGACAUACCGACUGGGUGUAUGAAGAGGAUGUCAUGUACACCGGUCAGGCGACUUGGUUUUCCACCGCCGGCUCGUACCUGGCAUUUGCGACAUUCGACGACAGUAACGUGGAGGACUACUCUUACUAUUACUACACCGAUAGUGACAAUAAUGGCACAGAGUUCCUUUACCCAAAACUCUUCGACCUCAGGUACCCCAAGGUGGACCAAGAGAACCCUACAGUGAAACUUCGCGUGGUGAACUUAGCCCAGCUAGUGGCUAACCCUACCAACCCCAGUUUCAUCAUUAUGAAUGCUCCGGUGGCCGUGUCUGCCGACCAUAUACUGGGCGGCGUCACGUGGAUCACAGACAAUGAGAUCGCUAUGCAUUGGAUGAACAGGCGACAAAACUAUUCUGUGCUACAGAUCUGCAACAUCGUCACCAACGAUUGUGAGGAGGAGCAUAGAGAGGAACCGAAAGGUUGGAUCCCCUUGGCAUUGCCUCGGUUCAGUAAAGAUGGAUCUUUCUACGUAUCGACGCGCUGGUCACGCCCCCAGGCGGACGGCGUAAUCUGGCAACAUUUGUUCCUCAGCUUGAGGGUCGGCGGAAACAUAAUCUCCACCUCCAUCUCCCCUGGAGCAUCCACCGUCAAUAAUUUCAUCGGAAUGGAUGACGCACGUUUGGCUUUUUACUACACGCGCACGAUGCCAAACAUGCCGUGGCAGUCAGAAGUAUGCGUAGCUGGAGCGGACGACCGAUGCUUCAGUAAAGAACUGGUGCUGCCUGACGGGGGCCCGUGCACCUGGGCCACUGCCACCCUCAGCCAGGGAGGAUCAUACAUGACCAUCACCUGCUCUUCCCCUGAAGAACCUUCUGCCACUUACAUUAUUGAUCUUUACGACAGUAGAAAGGCUCCUGUACUUUGGGAGGCAAACAACAUCGUUCGCCAGCGUUUGGUGGGCAAGGCUAGGUGGAGCAGCAUCAUCACGACCGUUCCUCUAGAGAACGGGUUCCCAGCCCCUGUCAGACUACUCCUGCCCCCUGGACUGGACGUCAACGACGCCACCACUAAAUAUCCCGUCGUAUUCUAUGUGUAUUCCGGACCUAAUACCAAUACUGUGUUCAAUACCUUCACUGUUGGUUACCACGCGUACUUGACUACCAGUCGUAACAUCAUCUACAUGUUGGCUGACGGCCGCGGCUCCGGUCUGAAGGGACAGGACAUUCUGUUCUCACUCAACAACGCGCUCGGAACCGUUGAAGUGGAGGACCACUUUGUUAUCCUCAGAAAAGUAUUGGACCGGUAUCCGUUCAUGGACCGCACGAGGGUGGGUAUCUGGGGCCACAGUUAUGGUGGCUACGCGACCCUCCUCACGAUGCUGAAGGAUGACGAGAAACUCUUCCAGUGCGGUGUCUCUGGAGCUCCUGUCACCUCCUGGCUGUAUUAUAACACGAUGUACACGGAGCGUUACAUGGGCCGGCCCAGAGAAGACGACAACCUCGCGGGUUACCAAGCUGGUGACGUCACUCUCUUGGCGGAGAAGCUCCGCGGACAUGACUUCUUCAUCAUGCACGGGAACGCUGAUGACAAUGUCCACUAUCAGAACGCUGCCAAGCUGAUCAAGGCUUUACAAGAACUUGAUAUACCGUUUGAACAGAUGUCAUAUCCUGAUGAAGCUCACAGUCUGUCUGGAGUCAACCUGCACAGAUACCACGCAAUGGACCGCUACUGGACCCGUUGCUUGAGGCUGCAAGAUUGGCACUAA